AUGGAAACAGGUAAUGGGUCUCCUACUGCUGUUCCACCAAACGUCAGUGAUGGGUCUCCUACUGCUGUUCCACCGAACGUCAGUGAUGGGUCUCCUACUGCUGUUCCACCGAACGUCAGUGAUGGGUCUCCUACUGCUGUUCCACCAAACGUCAGUGAUGGGUCUCCUACUGCUGUUCCACCGAACGUUAGUGAUGGGUCUCCUACUGCUAUUCCACCAAACGUCAGUGAUGGGUCUCCUACUGCUGUUCCACCAAACGCCAGUGAUGGGUCUCCUACUGCUGUUCCACCGAACGUCAGUGAUGGGUCUCCUACUGCUGUUCCACCAAACGUCAGUGAUGGGUCUCCUACUGAAGUUUUAUUGGGCAGAGAUGCAAGCAAGUUUGAAGACAAGCCGGCAGGAACCAAAUCCAGUCUGGACAAUCAGCCUGAAACACAUACUGGAGAGAAGCCCUACAUGUGUGGGAAGUGUGGGUACAGGACAUGUGACUAUUCUGCUGCACAAAGAGGCACCUUGCACCAACAUAUGUUAAAACACACCGGUGACAAACCCUACAUGUGUGGGGAGUGCGGGCACAGGGCUGCUCGAAAGGAAGAUUAA